CUGACAAUAUAAAGUUAUAUAACGACUUUAACUUUACUUUCUCUGUUCACAGGGAUUUGGGAUUUCUCCACAUCGGCCCGCACAGAUUUACAGAAUUACAAUUCCAAAAUACAAGAGCCAUGCCUGGAAAAGUUGUGCUGUACUACUUCAAUGGGAGAGGGAAAAUGGAGUCAAUCCGUUGGCUUUUGACAGUUGCAGAAGUUGAGUUUGAUGAGGUGAUCCUGACUACCCGUGAGCAAUAUAAAAAACUCCUCAGUGAUGGAGCUCUCAUGUUUCAGCAGCUUCCUUUGGUGGAAAUCGAUGGAAUGAAGCUUAUCCAGACAAAGGCAAUCUUGAAUUACAUCGCAGAGAAGUACAAUCUUCAUGGAAAAGAUCUCAAAGACCGUGUCAUGAUCAACAUGUACUCAGAGGGGCUGAAUGAUCUCAUGGAAAUGAUGAUGCUGUUGCCCUUCACCGCAGCCGCAGAUUUAAAAUCAAAACUGGACACUAUACAAAGCAAAGCAAAAGAGCGCUACCUGCCUGUGUUUGAAAAGGUGCUGUCUGGGCCCGUAUACCUGGUGGGAGGUAAACUAAGCAUUGCAGACGUGCAGCUGGUUGAAUGCUCCCUGAUGCUGGAGGAGAAAUUUCCUGAUAUCCUCUCGGGGUUUCCAAACAUCAAGGCUUUCCAGGGCAGGAUGACUCAGAUUCCUGCCAUCAGCAGGUUCCUGCAGCCAGGCAGCAAGAGGAAGCCACAGUCAGGUGAAAUCUAUGCGAAGACUGUCAUGGAGGUGUUCAACGUCAAACCACCAUGGCCAUGAGCCCUGUAAAAGACCUGGCACGCCCUGCACAAAGGCAACCUGAAUGUUUCAUUAUGCAAGUGUAGCACAACAUAUAGUAUAGUACAACCUGCAGAAAGAUUACAUUUGCUCGUCUAUGUUGAGAUGAAUACUGCACUAAGAUAAGAGAACAAAUCUCCUUAGAAUCACAGGAAUGUUUGUAAUCUUUUACUGCAUAUCAGUGUUUUUAAUGUGAAAAGUUUACUAAACAGUUUAAUUCUAA